GCACACGCGCACGCGCACACAGCCGCGAGACAGGCAGCUAUCACACCUAACACACCGGACCGUUCGGCUCGAGACUCCGCAGGUUCAGGAGUUUCUUCGAUUUAAAAGUUUACUCGAUUUUUAUCUGUUUCUGACCAGAAAACCUUUUAUUUCUUCUUAUAUAUAUAUAUAUGUGUAUAUAUAUAUUUUUUAAAUUUUCCGGUGGUUAAAGCUAGUUUUCUCGUCAGUAAAGUCUUAAGUUCUGAGAGACCGGAAUGUUUAAACCGAACUAACUGAUCCGUCUCAUUAGCUAUCAGUGCUAAUUCGUGUUUUUUUUAAAAUAAAUAAUAUUUACUUGAUUUGUUUUCUAUUUAAUUUAUGUUACGAUUUAAUUCCAGAAUAUUAUUUUAAUUAGGUUCCAUUCACAACCUACAGAUUUAGUUGUGUUAAUGUUUUGUUUUUUUUAAUGACAGAACAGUUUAGGAUCAUUUGUAUAUUUGGAGUGUUUUAUGUAGUCGUCAGAUUCGGUUUAUUUAUGAUAGACUUGAAAGGUUUGAACGUUUAGAGCAGGUUUUAUUGGUAGUGUUUCUGUAGUUUGUUGUUAAGUGAGGGUUUGAGUGGACAGUGAUGAUGCUCGGCUUGGUGCUGGAGUUCAUGCUCGUGCUGAUGAAGGUCAUGUGGGCUAUCGCGCUCGCGGCGCUCCGCUGGGUCGCGCGGCCCCGCGAGAAGAGCGUGGCGGGCCAGGUGUGCGUGAUCACGGGCGCGGGCGGUCAGCUGGGCCGCCUGUUCGCACUGGAGUUCGCGCGCCGCCGCGCCGUGCUCGUGCUGUGGGACAUUAACAGCCAGAGCAACGAGGAGACCGCAGAGCUCGUGAGGCAGAUCUACCGGGAACAGGAGACGCACGCGGACAGAGAGGGCGGCGUGGAGGAGGUGCAGCCAUUCAAGCCGCACGUGUACACGUACGUGUGCGACGUGGGGAAGCGCGAGAGCGUGUACUCGACGGCGGAGCGCGUGAGACGCGAGGUGGGCGACGUGGACCUGCUGAUCAACAACGCGGGCGUGGUCUCCGGACAACACCUGCUGGAGUGUCCAGACGAGCUCAUCGAGAGGACCAUGGUGGUCAACUGCCACGCGCACUUCUGGACCACCAAGGCUUUUCUUCCCAGGAUGUUGGAGAUGAAUCACGGCCACAUCGUGACGGUCGCCAGCUCGCUGGGCCUCUUCAGCACGGCAGGGGUCGAGGAUUACUGCGCAAGCAAGUUCGGAGCCAUCGGCUUCCACGAGUCACUCAGCCACGAGAUCAAGGCUUCGGAGAAAGACGGCAUCAAGAUGACGCUGGUGUGUCCGUACCUGGUGGACACGGGCAUGUUCAGAGGCUGCAGGAUACGUAAGGAGAUCGAGCCAUUCCUGCCCCCGCUAAAGCCCGAGUUCUGCGUGAAGCAGGCAAUGAAGGCCAUCCUGACCGACCAGCCCAUGAUCUGUACGCCUCGCAUCGUCUACAUGAUCAGUUUCAUGAAGAGCAUCUUGCCGUUCGAGGCCAUCGUGUGUAUGUACCGGUUCCUGGGCGCAGACAAGUGCAUGUAUCCGUUCCUGGCUCAGAGGAAAGAGGCCAUGAACAACAACGAGGCGAAAAACGGGAUCUAAACAACCGGCUUCAUGAAACGACGAGAGGAUACGACCACUGAGAGAGAGAGAGAGAGAGCGCGAGAGACUGAGUUUAGACUGGUGCACUUGCAUUGAGCAGAUGCAAACGUUUACCAUAUUGUUCCUCUGGAACUAAGAGCGCUGUGGACUACGCUGAGGAUUUCCUCUUUGUGUUUGUCUUUCGUUUAGUUCGUUUGAAAGCAAAGCGAGCUUCUAUAUACCGCGUCAUUAGGUCUGAAAUCAUACGUGAGGUAUUCAGUAAUUAUUUACAUCAUGUAGUCACCAGCAUUAUCUAGCGUCUUUGCGAAAUAUACAGUAUGUUACUGUACGUGCAGUAAGAAACCCCCUUUGUCACUUUUUAUGUUCUGUAGACAUGCACUGUAACCACGUAAUUUCUCUACACUGCCAUUAUUGUCGUGAUUCGCCAAAACCGCCGCACCACCUCAAUUCCCGGAGCAACGCUUCAUCUCCCGGACGCACGGAUCAAACUCGGACGCGCACAGCCGACCGUAUUGGCCCUUUCGCGUCCAUCACAAUAGCGCAGACUGUAAUUCGUCACUUUGUGGCUGCUGAUGCAAAUAAUCCUAUAUAUAUAUAUAUAUAUAUGUGUGUGUGUGUGCGUUUUAUUUUUCUCCUCACAAAAUAUUCCGCCAGCAGCAGACUGAUCUUCCCAGUUCGGUUCAUCCUGGCAAUGUAGAGGUUGUGAAAUCACAAUACAGUCACUGAAAUGUUCCUAAAGCUUUUUUUUUGUUAAUGUUAUUAUAGCAAGAACGAAUGCUAACAGUGAGGGCAUUAACGUCAUCACCAGCAGUGCUAAUCAGUAAUCAGUAACGUUAACGUCAUUUGUGUUCCGAUCCAUUGCUGGAAAUUCGUUCCGAAGACGCAUCUUAACGUGUCCCGCAAUUAAACCGUAGGUCAGACGUCAUUUAUUCACAGCAAGCUCCGUCCCGGUUCUGGGAAAACGGCAAGAACGCGGCCGCGUUUUUCCGAUCUGAUCAUCUUUUGGAAAAAAAUUUUUUUAGGCAGGUCGAGGUGCGUGUCUACAUUUUAUUUAAACAAACAAACAAAAAAAAAAUCAGUAUAUAUUUUUCUUUUUAAUCACUGAAAAUGCAGAAGAAGCAAAACAUGGACUGAAACGUGUGUCUUGUGUAGUGAAUUAAACGUGUCGAAACAUCGGUUCGUCAAUGUAUUCCGUCAUGUCCGUCAUAUAUUUCUAACCAGAUGUGACUCGUGAUUUGACGACGGGGAUUCGGAUACUCUGUAUGUCUACGAUGUACAUUCCAGUAGCUGCCGUUUGUUCACAGUGACGAGCCUGAAGUCGCUACCUCUUCAUGUUUGCCGUAUGUUGACAGUAUGCCGUUUAUUAUUUGAUGCCUCUUUUUGUAACUUUCAUAAGGAGCCGCACGGCGUGCGGAUCCGACCCUUAGUGUCUCUGCCUAACUUAAACGAAUAAACUGAUUUAGAUUGUG